AUGUUUGAACAAAUAUUCUUACUGAGGAAUAUUCAUACGAAAGAUCAGAUAAUGGCUAAAGAAAUGCACGAUAAAUUGAUAGAAUUUGCAGUUAGUAAUGAAUUAGAUCAGAACGAAAUGACAAAAACUGCACUAGACUCUAAUUUGGGUGAAAACAUUCCAACUGAUA